GAGAAGCGAUGAGGGGAGGGAGGAGAGGAGCCGAAGGAGGCAGAUCGCGGCGCUAGCUCCCUGACAGAGUCCUGACUCUUUCUCUCUGUUUCUCCAGCUGCUCUCGCUUUCAGGGAGAAAGAUAGGAUCAGCGUGACGGAAAGCCUUUGACGGAUGACAGGAGAGGAUUUCUUUCUCUCCGCUGCGACCUCGGCACAGAUUGAGGAAGGAGCCGACCACCGCAUUGCCAUUCACUAAUGAAGAUGCUGGGGGCUGGGAGUUAAAGCCCUCCACCAGAGGGAAGCUGGUUCACAGCUGGGGCUGGGCCCCUGCCUCAGGUGGGGGUGAAGAGCCCUCACGGCCCCCCGCGGAUCUGGACCAUGGGUGAUGGAGGUGUCGGUGCAACUGGAGGAGAUGGGGCCAACCAGUCUCAUGUUCUGUUCGACAACUUUGUCCAGGCGACGACGUGUAAAGGCACCCUGAAGGCCUUCCAGGAGCUGUGUGAGCGCCUGGAGGUGAAGCCCAGUGAGCACAGGAUCUUCUAUCACAAGCUCAAGUCCAAACUUAACUACUGGAAGGCAAAGGCUCUCUGGGUGAAGUUAGACAAGAGGGCCUGCCAGAAGGAGUACAAGAAGGGACGUGCCUGUGCCAACACAAAGUGUCUGAUCAUCGGUGCGGGGCCAUGUGGUUUACGGACAGCCAUCGAGCUGGCUUUCCUGGGGGCCAGAGUGGUGCUCCUGGAGAAGAGGGAUGCCUUCUCCAGAAACAACGUGCUGCACCUUUGGCCCUUCACCAUCCACGACCUCAGGGGCCUUGGGGCCAAGAAGUUCUAUGGGAAGUUCUGCGCUGGUGCUAUCGAUCAUAUCAGUAUUCGUCAGCUUCAGCUAAUGCUGCUCAAAAUGGCCCUCCUGCUGGGGAUCGAGAUCCAUGUCAACGUAGAGUUCAAGGGACUUAUCGAGCCGCCUGAUGACCAGGAGAGUGAGAGGAUAGGCUGGAGGGCUGAGGUCCACCCCAGGACACACCCUGUCAGUGAGUUGGAGUUCGAUGUCAUCAUUGGAGCAGAUGGAAGGAGGAACACACUACCAGGAUUUCGACGGAAGGAGUUCCGGGGGAAGCUCGCCAUCGCCAUCACCGCCAACUUCAUCAACAGGAACACAACGGCGGAGGCGAAGGUGGAGGAGAUCAGCGGCGUGGCCUUCAUCUUCAACCAGAAGUUCUUUCAAGAUCUCAGGGAGGCAACAGGUAUUGACCUGGAAAACAUUGUGUAUUACAAGGAUGACACACAUUACUUUGUGAUGACUGCCAAAAAACAGAGCCUGCUGGAGAAAGGAGUUAUUGUGCAUGACUAUGCAGACACUGAGCUGCUCCUGUCCAGGGCUAACGUAGACCAGGCUGCCUUGCUGUCCUAUGCGCGUGAAGCUGCAGAUUUCUCCACCAACCACCAGCUGCCCACCCUGGACUUCGCCAUCAACCACUACGGCCAGCCCGAUGUCGCCAUGUUUGACUUCACAUGCAUGUACGCCUCGGAGAACGCCGCCAUGGUCCGCCAGCGCAACGGCCACAAGCUGCUGGUGGCGCUAGUGGGCGACAGCCUUUUGGAGCCGUUCUGGCCCAUGGGCACCGGCAUUGCGCGCGGUUUCCUGGCAGCCAUGGACUCCGGCUGGAUGGUGAAGAGCUGGGCGCAGGGAAAAACUCCUCUGGAGGUUCUGGCCGAGAGGGAGAGCAUAUACCGGCUUCUGCCUCAGACAACACCGGAAAAUGUCAGUAAGAACUUCAGUCAGUACAGCGUGGAUCCGACCACACGCUACCCCAACAUCAGCCUGAACUUCCUCAGGCCCAGUCAGGUGCGACACCUCAUUGACACGGGAGAAGGAAGGGAAAUCCGAAUUGAAAUUGAGAAUGUCAUCAACUCGUCGACGCCGAAGUUAGCCCGGAAUGACAAUUACCUGCUUGACAAACAGUUUCAAGAAUCCAUUGCUCGAUCCAGUAAGCUGCUGAACUGGUGCCAGAGGCAGACGGAAGGAUACAGGAACGUCAGCGUGACGGACCUCACCAUGUCGUGGAAGAGCGGCUUGGCGCUGUGCGCCCUCAUUCACCGAUACAGACCCGAUCUCAUAGACUUUGACUGUCUGGAUGAGGAGAACCAUGAGAGGAACAAUCAGCUGGCGUUCGACGUGGCAGAGAAGGAGUUUGGCAUUUCGCCAUGCAUGACCGGCAAGGAGAUGUCCUCAGUGGUGGAGCCAGACAAGCUCUCCAUGGUCAUGUACCUCAGCCAGUUUUAUGAGAUGUUUAGAGACACAGUGCCACCUGGAGAUAACCACAACUUGAGUCCAGAGGAGAAAGCUGCGCUGAUUUCCAGCACAAAGUCUCCCAUCUCCUUCCUCAGCAAGCUGGGUCAGAGCAUCGCUAUUUCCAGGAAGAGAAACCCCAAGGAUAAAAAGGAAAAGGAUGUGGACGGUUUGGGCAAAAGGAGGAAAACCAGUCAGUCUGAAGAUGAGGACGUUUCCAGGUCCUGUCGGGAAGAACGGCAGUCUGUCCCUGCUGUCCUGUCAGAGAGAAAAAUGGACUGUGCUGCUGCAGGAAACCACAACAAAGUGAAGGUGAUGGCCACCCAGCUGCUGGCCAAGUUCGAAGAGAACGCCCCGGCUCAGCCUUCAGGCCUCAAACGACAGGGGGACUCUCUGCCCAACCUGGACCACCUUUUGCCCCUUUGCCCUCCACCAAACCCUGUGAACGAGCCAGUGCGCCUGGCUCCUGUCCCUGCAUGGAGAAAGAGACGCACCCAACAGCAGGAGAAGCUGAGCAUUCGCUACAAAGAAAUGGUCAAAUGUCAGACGCUACCCAGCCUAGGGGAUCAGGCCAGAAGCGCUGCAGAUCAAACGUCCAGCUCGGGCUCUCGGAGCUGCCCAAAGAAAACCAUUCUGCUUCCUUCCUCCUCCUCCACUUCCUCGCUCUCUCUUCACUCAGAGAAUUUUCCCCCAGAGGAAGAGGAGCUUGAAUACUAUGAAAGGCCUCUGACACACAGGGAAGGGAAGCAGUCACUCACAGUUGACCUCGCUCCCAUUCACAUCCCUGGUAUUCAGGAGCGGGCCGACCGCCUCAUCUCCAAGCAUAAGGGCAAAGCUGAUAAACCACCAAAGCCUAAGAAAAAGCCGUCCCGUUUCGUUUUAGAGCAGUGGUUCUUGACCCGAGGCCUGAGUCAGAGCCCAGUGUCACCUCUGUCCUCCUCUGAAGCUUCCAGAAAGGAGUCAGUGAGGCCUCUGGACUCUGAGCAGAUGCCCAUAUAUGUGCUUAGUAUUCAGGAAAGAGCCGAACAACUUGAAUUUCAGUUGGAAGGCAAGGGAGUCGGGCCGCAGCCAAAGAAAAAACCCUCUCGUUUUUUUAUGGAGCGAUGGCACCUGGCCCGCGCCCAGAGCCCCCCCGACACCCCCCCGUCCGCCUGCUCCAGACAGCACUUGGUGAGGAUGUACACAGGGGGAGUUAGCACCCUGGCUGAGCAGCUAGCCGGCCAGCUUCAGUCUCAGGAAGAGUCCAAACCCACACAUGUACCAGAAAGGAGGGAUUUGGGUUCUUUCAGGAAAGAGUUCCCCGUCAACAUUGGCGGCAGCGACGUCUGCUUCUUCUGCCGGAAGAGAGUCUACGUCAUGGAGAGGCUGAGCGCGGAGGGGAAGUUCUUCCACCGCAGCUGCUUCAAAUGCGACUACUGCGGGACAACGCUGCGACUUUCCUCCUACGCAUUUGAUGUGGAGGACGGGAAAUUUUACUGCAAGCCUCACUACUGUUAUCGACUGUCUGGUUACGCCCAGAGGAAGAGGCCGGCUCCUUCUCCUUCUCCCGCUCCGGUCUCAGCUAAGGAAAACCAGAUGCCCCUAACUCCGAUUCAGACCGUGGACGGCCCCAGCAGGGCGGCGGCGGCGGCUCCCUCGGCUGAGAUCCCGCCCUCAGCACCGGAGGUCAACGGCGUGCAGGAGCCCAGCAUGGCUAAACGUCUCCGUGGAACCCCGGAGAGGAUCGAGCUGGAGAACUACCGCCUGUCCUUGCAGCGGGAGGAGGAGCUGGAGGAGGUGCCGGAGGAGACGCUGGCCGAGCACAACCUGAGCAGCGUGCUGGACAAAGCCACCGACGUCGACUUGGGCUCCAGUAGCUCUGAGUCUGACAUGGAGGAAGAGGAUGAGCAGGAGGAAGAGGCAGAGGUAGAGGAAGAGGCGGAGGUGGAGGAGCAACCGACCAGCCCGUCGGACCUCGGCGGCGUUCCCUGGAAGGAAGCCGUGGAGCUCCACGCCAAACUGCGAGGCGGUGAGCUGGAGGACGAAGCUCUGGCUGAUGCUGCCAGCAGGGAUGGAGACGUGGAGGAAGACGAGGAAGAAGAAGAAGAGGAGGAGGAAGAUGAGGAAGAAUCCAGUGAUGAGGGGGAUUACUGCCCCUGGGACAGAGAGCUGCAGUCAGGUCUGUGGCUGGAGAAGCACCUCACUGAUGAAGAGGAUGUUGGUAAAUUCAAAGCCAGGAACAUACAGAUCCAGCAGCUCCUCCAGCCGGUGGAUCCCAGCGUCAUUCCGAGUUUGGCGAGAGCGCGGCGGGAUUCUGACCAGGACGGCCCGGUGGGUUCUGAGCCCACUCUGCCCCCCUCCACAGCCCCCGCCCACACAUCCACCCGACACGAGGCAGUGAGGGUCUGGUUGGAGUCGUUGUCUGGAGAACCGUGUGAGGAUGAAGAGCUGGAAGCUGAAGCAGACAGUCCGGACAUGGAGCCCGGCACGGAGCUGGACCAAGAUGACAUUCCUUCGGAUGCAGAAGCUGAGGCUCGGCUGCACCAGUCAGAGCAAGACGAAGCUCCUCCAGAGGAAAACAAGGACACAGAAAGUCUGGGGAAAGACUCCAGUAUUGACCCAGCCAGCACCAGCUCACUGCUGAAGGACGACAUCGUUCUUUCCCCCCUCAAACCGCCGGCUGAGCCUGUCAGCCCAGUGAAAUCUCCCGGCAUCCGUUUCUUCCCGGUUCCCUUCUUACCGGAGGAAGAGAAGACAGCUGUGUCCCCGGCUGUCAGGAACCCGCUCAGCCCUUCAUCCGUUUCAUUUUCCGCUCCCAUCCGGUCUCCCGCUCCUACCGUCACCCUCCCCUCUGUCUCCCCUGCCUCUUCCCCUCCUGUCUCACCCGUCGCCUCUCCUCUGAAGCCAUCUGGCCAGUCGCCUGUCAGCUCGCCUGUCAAGUCGCCGCUCAGCUCCCCGAUUCGCUCCCAGCCGAUUUCACUCCCAGAAACACGCACGCCUAAAUCCCCGGUCUUCCCCCACCGCUCCAUCUGCCCUCUGACAGGAAACCCCCUUUCCCCGAUCUGCGCCCAGCCUUUGCCCUGCCAGGAAGCCUCCUCACCUCUGACCUCUGACUCCCCCGUCAGGACACAGCCCGUCAGCUCAACGCCCGAGCCGCUCAGGUCCGCCGACUCCUCCAUUGAGGAAAACGCCUCGAAAAAGUCAGACAUCAUCGAGGAGUUCUGGCUGAAGAGUGCAGAGAUCCGGAAGAGCCUCGGCCUCUCUCCUUUAGACCGAAGCAGUAAAAUCCUGGAGAAGACCCCGAUACCGGACCCGACCCCUGUGAAGACGCCGUCCACCAGGGAGCCAAAGCCGGCGUUUACCGGCCGCACCGUCAUACGCAGACUCAACAUCACCCUGGAGGGGCAAGUCAUCACGCCGAUCGCUCCCGCUCCGGCCAAGAGUGACACAAACCUAACGGCGAACGGUGACAGCUGCAACACGUCGGACUCCACCAUGCUCACCCCGCCCUCCAGUCCACCGCCACCCGUCCCCGCCAACCAGUCUCCGGCUGUGCUCAGGCAGAAGAGACACCAGGCGUCUUGGAGCAACGGCACAGAAAAGCUUCCAGCCGACGCUCCGGUUCCUGCGCCCAGGACGCAGCUGAGUCCCACCCCCGCACCCAGGAAACUGCCGUCCCCUGAGGCAGCGCCACAGACCGCCCCGGUUGUGAUAAUGAGGGAGAAGAAGAAGCAGCCUCGGCCGGCUGAGGUCAGGAAAUCGUUUGUGGAGACGGUUGAGGAGAUUCCUUUUGCCGACGACGUGGAGGAGACGUACGAUGAGCGCACGGCAGAAACGAGCCAGAAGAAGAGUCAGGCGCCGCCCGCCAUCAAGCCGCCGCUGCACCUGGCGUUAGCCAUGGAGAACGGUAAGCCGAACAUCCCAGUAAUCCCAGUCUCCAAAUCCCAGAGGGCCACUCGGUUUUCCCCAGAGGCCAAGGAGAUCGCUGAAGAGAGAAUCAGAGCAAGAGAGAAAUCUGUGAAGAGCCAAGCUCUCAAAGACGCCAUGGCCAAGCAGCUGAACAAAAUGAAAGAGUCCGACCCGAACAGCAGCGUCUCCCCUAAGAUGGCCUGGAGCGCCACUCCGGAUUCAGCUGGAAAGACCAAAAAGUCACCCGGAUCUCCCAAAACGUCGGCCGUGAAGGCGCUGGAGUCAAAGAAAGAGUCUGUUCCUGAGCGUUUCUUCAGCAGCAACAAGAGUCUGGACAGCUCAGUGGCGUCGUCAGAGGGAUCAUCAACGGGCAAGAGCAAGAAGCGGAGCUCCCUCUUCUCACCCCGCAAGAACAAGAAGGAGAAGAAAGCCAAAAACGACGGCAGCAGGCACUCUGGCGCCGAGGAGACGCCUCCCAAACACAAGUCGCUGUGGAAGGCCGUGUUCUCUGGCUACAAAAAGGACAAGAAGAAGAAGGACAACAAGUCGUGUCCGAGCACGCCGUCGUCCAGCUCCACCACCCAGGACUCGGGAAAGAAGAGGAUGUCGCCUCUGGGGAAAUCCUCAGACUUAAAGACUCGGAGGAACCUGAGCUUUUCUGAGGACUCGGACCUGUCCUGUGAUGAUGUUCUGGAGAGGUCGUCCCAGAAAUCAAAGGCAGAUCGGCACAUGGACAUCUUUGACCUAGUGUCAGGCAUGCAGAAGGAGGCAAUAAAGGAGGAGAGUCUGGAAAAGGAGAGGAGGAGGGAGAUAAAGAGGAAAAAGAGGGCAAAAGAGGGGCAGAAAGAAAGGGAGCCUGAAAAGGAGGUUGGCCAAGAAAAGGAGAAAGACAAUGAGGAGUCUGUUUAUGUUCCUCACGCACUGGCGUUCAAGAGAUCGUACGCCACAAAGAAAACCUACACAGAGGAGGAGCUGAAUGCCAAGCUCACACGCAGAGUCCAGAAAGCCGCCCGGCGGCAAGCGAAGCAGGAGGAGCUCAAAAGGCUGCAUCGCGCUCAGAUCAUCCAGAGGCAGCUGGAGCAGGUGGAGGAGAAGCAGCGGCAGCUGGAGGAGCGGGGUGUAGCCGUGGAGAAAGCACUGAGGGGAGAAGCAGGCUUGUAUAAAGGUACUUGUACAUUACCCAAACAGCACAAAAGAAGAUCAGACUAUUGGGGAGAUUCUAAUUACAGUGAAAUCCUGGACUUGCAUCUGGGCGUUGAGCCCUUUGUGGGGAUGCCUCGUCGGAGACCACUCUCCCUCUGCCCUUGCUGUUCCUCUGAAGCUCAGCUCCAUCCUGGAGACCACAGCCAUGCCGUUUAUUUGUGUAUGGGCAAGAAGGACGACCCGAAGCUGAUGCAGGAGUGGUUCAAGCUGGUGCAGGAGAAGAACGCCCUGGUCCGCUAUGAGUCGGAACUCAUGAUAUUUGCCAGAGAGCUAGAGCUGGAGGACCGGCAGAGUCGGCUGCAGCAGGAGCUCCGGGAGCGGAUGGCUGUGGAAGACCAUCUGAAAACCGAGAAGGAGCUGGCUCAGGAAAAGCAGAUCCUGAAUGAAAUGCUGGAGGUGGUGGAGCAGCGCGACGCCCUGGUGGCCCUGCUGGAGGAGCAGAGACUUCGGGAAAGGGAGGAGGACAAGGACCUGGAGGCAGUCAUGCUCUCUAAGGGAUUCAACCUGAACUGGGCCUGAAAGCUGACACACAAACAAGAAAAACACAGGGUUUGUCUCGUCAAGCAGCAGCACAAACUCCACUCAAGUUGUCUGAAGAUAGACACGAGCAAACGAUCCGGAACUGUCACACCUACAGCACUGAAUGUGUAGAUAUGUUUCCAACACAACAAACACGCCGCUGCUGCCUCCGACACUGACGCAGCGUUCCCAGAUCCCCGCCUGAAGGCGGUCCAACUUAAUCACUCUGCAGUUGGGUUCCUCUCCCUCUGUGUGGGAGGAGAGCCGAGUUCAUAUUCACUAGUUUAUCAUCGCAGCCUUGAAGAGGAUCCUUUCAGGCCCCGGGGCCCACAGGGAGGAUGUGUGGAGACUUUAUAAAGGGAAGAAUCAGUUCAGUCCUGCUGAUGUGAAGAAAUUGUAAAGUUUUUGUGUAUAAAUGUGUUGAACAACAUUUUCUGCAGAGGUGUGUUGAAACAUUCAGCUGCCUUUCUCUCCAGUGACAGAGUGUUUAUCCUAAUGAACCACACAGCCCUGAACGGCCAUGUUUUUGUCCUCCUCUACUGUGUUUAGUGAGUCAACACUAAGAAUUCAUUAACUCUGGCCACCUUUUUUAGUUCUUUUUUAUAUUUCUAUGUUUGCUUUUAAAAGAUGAACACUUUUUUCCGUUGCAUUCACAGGAGAGUGCCCAGGAUCUCAUUAUCUUCUGCAUAAGCCCCCUGCACUCCUAAGCCAUUGUGUGUCAGUAAUGCGGCUGCAGGCUCAUGCAGCAGAGCAACUUGACGUGUCUUUAAUCAUUUCUCAGACUCGAUAACGCCCGGCCUCUCCGGGAGAAGCGCCGUUUUACGGUAAAUCACACUGACAGUUAAAAGUUUACAGAAACGCGUUUGAUUAUCGGGUGGCUAUUGAUGGCGCUGCGGGAGGCGGGACGCGUUCGGCUGGUGGAGGGAGCAGAGUUAUCGGUGUGAUCUCGUUAUACCAGCAGAGGUCUGGAGUUCCUGUCACUCACUCUGUGCCACAGGAAGUUCUCGGUUACACUACAGACGAAUCGAGGCUCAUGCUGAAUAUUUGAACAAGAUGCCUUUUGAAGUUUUGUUUUCCACACUACUUACUCCACUACUCCAGUUUUUUGUUUUUAAGGUAGGACUAAGUUUUUAAAUCUAUUCUGCUUCAUGCAAAUCAGUUAGAAAGUAUCCAAAACUGUUAAAAGUGCAGCAGAGGGUACGGUUGAAAACCACGACGUGAUCAGUGGAUACAGUUACACAACUUUAAAGGCUGUUGUUUUUCGAUGGCGUGUGAAACGUUUGACGUGAUUGUACUGAUAUUUAUUAACGUGUGAAAACUGUACCAUAUGUAAAGAAAAUCCUAAUUUGUAAAACUGUUCUGCUGACACAUGGACUGCAAUGUAAAUGCUUCAUCAUGUAGCUAGAAUGCAUAGAUGUAUGCAAUAAAACAAUGCAGUUGUUCUUUUA